ACCUUCCGGGGAGGCGUGCGCGCGCGCGCGCGCAUGCGGAGGCAAGAGCCGGAAGUUCCCCUGAGAACGGGCCUUCCCGCGAAAACCGCCGGCCGGAACUGCCAGGAGGUCCCGCCUCCGGGCGGAACUCCGGGUUGCCGGGCAACCGCGGAGGGAGACGCAGGCUGGCUCAGUGUUCCGUGGGGAAAGCCGAGUGUAGCUCCCACCUCCUGUCCUGGCAACUUCCUUUCCCGGCCGCCUUCCUUCUUGCCGCCUCUCCUUGCGUCGGGGAAUCCCUGCCCUUGGCAAUACGUACACCUCUCCGGCUCCCAAGACCGCUUAGCGCCCACCUGCUUGAAAGCCGGUAUUCACCCGAAGCGGAGCGACCUGGCCCCGGGCGUGGCCUCCACGCUGACCGACCGCACCUGCUCGGCCAUGGGCACCUACACCUACACCUACACCAGCCGGCCUCGGGCCCUGCCCUGCCAGCGCCGCCGUUACCGGGACCACCUGAUGCAGCUGUGUAUACAUACAAGUACACACAGGACCUUUUCUGUCACUCAGCCUGGGCAGCCUGAUCCUAUGGAAAUUCAGAGACAGCAACAGGCUAAGAGGAGGGCUCUUGCCAAAAAGCGAGCUCAAGAACAGUUCAGACCACGAACACCCGAGCCCGUGGAAGGCAGAACGCACGUGGAUGUGCAGACAGAAAUGUACCUUGAAGAAAUUGCUGACCGUAUAAUAGAAGUUGAUGUGGAAUGCCAAACAGAUGCAUUUUUGGACAGACCACCAACACCACUCUUUAUUCCUGCCAAAACUGGCAAAGAUGUGGCCACCCAAAUACUAGAAGGAGAGCUCUUUGACUUUGAUCUUGAAGUUAAACCAAUGUUAGAAGUUCUGGUGGGAAAGACCAUUGAGCAGUCUCUUUUGGAAGUAAUGGAAGAAGAAGAGUUGGCUAACCUGCGGGCCAGUCAGUAUGCGUAUGAAGAGUUACGCAACGUCGAACUUGCUGAAGUCCAGCGACUUGCAGAGCAAGAGAAACGACACAGAGAGGAAAAAGAGCGCCGGAAGCGACAGCAGUGGGAGGUGGUGUACAAACACAGCGAGACGGCGCAGAAAGUGGCGGCGCGCGUGUUCGCCCAGCGGUACCUGGCCGACCUUCUCCCCUCGGUGUUCGACAGCCUCCGGGACGGCGGCUACUUCUACGACCCCGUUGAAAGAGAUAUUGAAAUAGGAUUCCUUCCAUGGCUAAUGAAUGAAGUUGACAAAACCAUGGAAUACAGUAUGGUGGGAAGAACAGUGCUUGACAAGUUGAUUCGUGAGGUGGUUGAGAAGAGACUGGCUGCGUAUGAGCAGAGGGACGACCAGCCCCCGGCCGGGAAGCCUAAGGACGAGCUCGGGGGGUCCGGGAGGACGACAGAACCACCAGCGGGUUAUGAACUCCAGGAACAAAGCACAGCACAGCCACAGAGGCCACUUCUGGGAAGAGACUCCCUGCAAAGAACACCAGAUGAUGGAAGAUAUAUGGAGAGUGUGUUAGCCCAAGAAACGAAGCUUAUGGAAGAAGGAGAGUAUGAGCAAACAAAAAUAAGGAAAACCUCGGGGACAGAAGUGCUACAACCAAGGGGAGACUUCCAGCCAUGAAACCAAUCAACAGCCAGUCAGCAUUGCAAGCAAUCAGGUAAUGGUGCGCAGGCCCCCUCAGGUUAUGGAAAUUAUGUUGCAUUUACUCAACAUGCCUUUUUGUCUACUGGAUUGGACAAAUCAAAUAUGUUGAAAUAAUAAAACUAAUUGAAAUGAAACUUAA